UGAGCCAUCCAUCAAAUGGAGUAAAGUACGUCAACGACUCCUUUGACAGUCCGUGAGAAUCUCAUUGUGAACUUUCUCGGCCCAUACAAUGAUCCUCUCGCAUUUACAGUGACAGUGAAAAAGACGUGUUACCUCUACAUUGGAUGGAUAGUUUGAUGGUUGUCUGUCUUUUAUCGAGUGCGGACGGAUUAAAGACCACAAAAUCACGUGGCAGGCUUAGGCUUCGGAAUGGUAUGAGACCUCAUUUCAUUCUUGAAUGUGCUUUGGCUGCAAAAAUUGUUGACGAGCCUUCUGCCUUUCCCGGUUGACCUUGGUGCACAUCUGACUAUGAAGAAACAAAUCGGUGUUCUGUUCGUUUUAUUGCACCUGUGUAACGCGUCGUCUAGAUCCGUAGUUGCGGCUGCAAAUGUUCGUACAAACCAGAAGUGCUCGACAAAGACUCGUGAACCACCUUUCGGUAAAUGGAUUGAGGAGGCGCGGCUCUUGGGAUGUUGCUCGCCACUGAUUUCUGCAUCAAUGUUUGGUGCGGCAAGUGCAGUACUACUUGCUGGAACCGCAAUGGAGCCAGUCUCAAGAGCUCUUUACUUUUGGAGGACAGCCGGGCCCGCAAUUUUCCAUUAUAAAUUUACGCAGUGGUGGUUGGAGGCAUCCAAGGCUGACAUAGAAAAGCGCGAUCUAGUUUACGAAAGCUUGCACGAUCGAUAUGCUGAACCCGCCUUGAAGAUGAUGAUUCGCCAAAAAGGUCUGUACGUGAAACUCGGACAGGUUCUUUCCUCGCGACCAGACUUUUUACCAUCCCAGUACAUCGAACGUUUCGCAACUGUUCAAGAUUCGAUACCGCAAUGGCCUAUCGACCAGGUACGCGCGAUAGUGGAGAAGUCCUUGAUAGUCGAACUCGGCCUGUCUUGGGGGGACGUCUUCGAAUCCAUGGAUGAUAUAGCACUUGGGUCGGCAAGCAUUGGGCAAGUCCACAGAGCCGUGUUGACCGAGAAGUGGGCCAAAACUACAGGAUACAGAGGAGAUAAAGAAGCGGCUGUGAAAGUCAUGCAUCCCAACUCCCAAAAGCUAUUUGCAUAUGAUUUUGAUGUGUUUCGAUGGGUUUGCCGUAUUGCAUUACCCGGUUGGAAAGGUUUCUUGGACGAGCUCGAGCGAAGAAUCAUGAGCGAGUUCGACUAUCGGCACGAAGCCACUUCGUUGGAUGAAGUUCGUUCUCCGUACAAAUCUAGAGUUUAUAUACCGCAACCUUUACAGGAGCUCUGUUGCCGUCAUGUGCUUGUAAUGGAGCUUCUAAAAGGGCGGAAAUUAGUGGACUCCUUUGAGGACGGCCUGGCGAAUGCGAUGGGAGGGCAUGAUCUUGCCAAAGCAUAUUUGGCGAAGAAACAAAGAGAAAUAUUGCUAGGUUCUUGCGAUGGUACAGAUUAUGACGCCAUCUGGCGGCUACCCAUAGUCAACAAACUCAAACUUUUGUGGCUGAGAAGAGUGGCAUCCAAAUACAUCGAUCUUUUGCUAGACGUCCACGGGUACCAAAUCUUUCAGAACGGAUGCUUUAACGGAGAUCCUCAUCCUGGAAACUGUUUGCAACUAGAGGAUGGACGUCUUGGCUUGAUUGACUUCGGUCAAACCCGCCGUCUUACAGAGACAGAAAGAUACGAUUUGGCCCGAAUUGUAUGUGCUUUAAAUGAUCCUUCCACGGAUGCUAUCGGAAUUGAUUACGCAAUGCAAACGGCUGGCUUUCAACUCAGAGACGCAAGUGCGGAGAUGAUGGUCAAAUAUGCUACGAUUUUCUUUGACUCUGACGAGGAUAGCAAACACCUGGGCUUCGCAACACCACAACUUUAUUUUGCUAGUUUAAUGGCAACCAAUCCUUUGGUUGUCAUUCCAGAUUCAGCUGUGUUUGUCGCUAGGACGAGCUUCUUGUUCCGUGGCAUCGGUAGUGGUGUCGGCUCCGGCCCACUGAGAACUUCACAAAGGUGGCAAGAGCAUGCUGCUGCUGCAAUUAGCCAGGUCUCAUAG